AACGGGGAAGGACCCAAAAGUAGUUACUAUAUGGUUCCUGUGGCUACUCAAGAUGUUCAUCAUUUGUGAUCUCUUUGGCUAAAUAGGAAGGCCAUCCUCCGAAAUCUCUGAAACUAAACCGAUUUGCUGAAACAAUGAAUUUCUUCAAAUCGAUUUUAGCCGAUGAUCCGGAUCCUACUGAUCUGGAAAAUCUCCGAGAGUCCGAACAGCAUUCGCCAUCUAGGCAAGACGACGUAGAUCGCAGGGAAAGUGAGGUUGUCGAUGAUCCAGCUCGAUAUUUCGAAACAAGAGACGAUCCCAAUUCCAGCUCCAGUUCGACUACGGCUAAUACUGGUGCUGGUGGUUGGAAUUUUGGAGGUCUGAUAAAGACUUUAGCCUCUCGAUCCGAGUCUGUCCUCGAGACAUACCGCAGGGAUCUGGAGGAAUUCGGGUCGGGUCUGAAGAAAGAGACGGAGCUUAUCAGGGAUGCCGCUAGCCGUGCGGUCAAGGAGCUCCCGGCUACAAUCGAGGUGGGCGCGUCUGUUGCUCAUGGUUCUUUGGGAUCGGUUAGCAAAACCAUUGAUGGAAUGUUGAAAUCCACCGCUGAGAUCAUCUCUCAAGGUAAAGAUACUCUUCUUGCACCUUAUGAUGCCGACCCCGUAACCCCUGAUGCAAAUAGGAGCUUGGAUUCUCGUCGUUACAGUAGGUUCGAUGCACAGCUGACCUCAAUCCAGAGUGAUCCAAAUACUUUCACAGAGGAACCAGUUGAUUCUGAAGAGUAUGUGAAAUGGAAAUCGGAGUUCUACUUGAAUGAUAAGAGGGAUGAGUUUAUGUAUUUGAUCGGAGAAAAUAAUGUUCUAGAGGGUGUUUACAGAAAGCUUGUACCCAGUGCAGUUGAUGAAGAUACCUUCUGGUAUCGGUACUAUUACAGGGUGCAUAAGCUCAAGCAGCAAGAGAGUGUUAGAGCCAACCUUGUGAGGAGAGCAAUAAGUGUAGAUGAAGAAGAAGUGUUGUCAUGGGAUUUUGAUGAUGAGGAUGAGGCUAAUAAUGAGAAAAGCAGUAAUGCAAUACUAAACAGCAGCAAACAGGAGUCUAAACAAGCCGGAAGUCGAGACUCGUUGGAAACUGCAGAUUCAAUUACCGCUAAAAGUGAUGAAUUGAGAAAUGUGAGUUGUGAUAAUGCGGAUGAGAAGGGAGAAAGUGAGGCCAAUGCUGAUAGUUCUGAUAAGGAUACUGAUAAAAUUUCAAAUACAGCUGGAUCCAGUGAGAUAAGUUCUCCUAAAGAGAAAGUAGAAGAUGGAAAAAGUUUGGACCUGGCCGAUGAUGCUGCAUUGGUAAGGUCAGUUGAGAAGGGGUGUUCAGAGGGGGAAUGUAGUGAUCAUGGAGCUUCUGGUAAACACAAGAUUGUUUCUUCUCAGCAGAGUGUGCAAGAGGAAGAGGAAGAUUUUGGGUGGGAUGAGAUUGAAGACAUUGAGAGCACUGAUGAGAAAAAAGUAUCUUCUCAUGUUCAGAGUGCAAAUAGAGAUGAGGUGAGGAAGAGGCUUGCUGAAGAAGAUGAUGAGAAUUUGAGUUGGGAUAUUGAAGAUGAUGAUGAGCCUGUUCAAGCUUGAUUCCUGGCCAAUGCCCUGGAUGGCAGAAUAUUGAUAUUUGAGAUUCUCACGAGUCUUGAAAUGAUGCACAGCAAGAGCUUUAGGCUCAAGACGACGUGCCUUUUUGAGAGCUUCUGUUUGUGUAUUUCCCCUUUUUUUAGAAUCUUUUUUCAUGUUCAAUUCUGUCAUUAGUAGAUGUUUGGUUGAUUUUCCCCUUCCGUUGUCUAAACAAAUUGUCCGCGAAGGACCUGUCCUCUUGUCUUCAAAUGAUGAUCUGAUCUAAAUCUCAUGGAAUUUUAUUAUAGGUUUGGCUUAUCUGAGUGUAGG